AUGACUUCUCCAGCCAACAAUAACACAACCUACCGCCAAAUCCGACUUGCCCGACUAUCCCGCAAAAUCUCCCAAACCGGGAACGAGAUCUAUUACGGCGGCACAGGACCCGAACCGUUCUUAUAUUACGCGAAACAGGGCAAUACAAAUGAAUUCGGAGGCGCUGCCUUCGCGGUAGAAACUCAAGAAGACCUCGAGUACGCCUCUCAAACUCUCCCCGGCGCAACAGGGAUUUAUGAAUUGGAUCGAGCUCCGGGUGGUGGCCUUGCGGUCACAUUCCGGGACCCUGUCGACGGAUUUCUACUUCACUUGGUCCAGUACCAGUCCACAAACUGGGUCAUUUCGGGAUGUGUGACGAACUUUGCAAAGGCGCUCGGUUUCUACACAACCAGAUUCAACUUCAAACCCAGAGAUCUCAUCCACGAUCCAGCUGGCAAAGACAUCACCACGUUCCUACACCUAGACCGCGGCGAAGAACUAGUAGACCACCACAGCCUCUUUUUCUUUGAGGGCCCUAGCUCCCACGUCUACCACUCAUCCUUCGAGACGCACGACUUCGACUACUGGCUUGUUUCGAGUCUACGCUGUAGAUAUGGAUGUUGUGUUCUCGAUGAUUUGGUGAAUGGGGAUCAUGCCAUGCGGAGAUCUCCUGCUUCGCCGGAUAAUCUACAUGCUUGGGGUCCUGAUUUGCCGGAGGGGAUUUUGGGAUGA